AAUAUUGAAUUUGCAGAUGAUGAAGCGAAAAAGGCUAUAAAAGACGCCAUUCAACUCUGGGAACAUUCGACAUGUCUUAAUUUCAUUGAGAAUGGAGAAGGAGAAAACAAAAUUAGAUUUUUCUCUGGUGAUGGUUGUUUCAGCAAUAUUGGUCGCAUUAAGUCUAACCCUGAACAAGCGAUUUCAAUUGGGGAAGGUUGUGAAUGGAUCGGAAUAGCUGCGCAUGAAAUCGGCCAUGCAUUAGGAUUAUUCCAUCAACAUUCGCGAUCUGAUCGGGACAAAUAUCUGGAAAUUCAUUUCAAUAAUGUUAAACAAUCUUUUGCCGGCAACUUUCAUAGGGUAUAUAAACAAUUAAAAUACAAUGCUUUCGCUAUCAACGAAUCAGUGCCAGUUAUCACUACAAAAAAUAAAGAAUAUCAAAACGCAAUGGGCCAAAGAUUAUUUCCUUCAUUUAGCGACAUCCUCGUAAUAAACAAACUAUAUGAAUGUUUUGAUGAAUGUAGCAAUAAAGAUUUUGAAACAGAUUGCAAACAUGGAGGGUUUAUGAAACCGAAGCAAUGUGAGAAAUGCAUUUGCCCAUUGGGAUUUGGGGGUGCAGAAUGCGAUAAAGUUGCACCAACUUAUAAUAGGCAACGAAGAUGUGGUGGAACUCUUACGGCAAUCUUUUGUUCAAUAUUUUUAAUUUUCUCCGAAACGAAUGCGAAUGCUUUUAUGAAAAAAUUACCCAAAAGUUCUGAUUUUUAG